AUGCUGCUGCUGUUUGGAUCGGCGACAGCGGCCAGGCUGCCAGUGGACGGGAGCGCCGCCGCCGCCGCCAGCUUGCGGCCAGGAGCUGCCCGCGAGGCGCCGCGCUUCCCGGAGAGCUACUCUGUCAACUACACCUUCACGCUGCCCUACACCGCCCGCGUCCAGCAGCCCGCCAUCUCCUACCCCGUCGCCUUUUGGCGGGACGCCAAGGCGGGACGCGUCCGCAUGGACACCUAUGGCUCCACACAAGGCAAGACCUUUGAGCUCGUGCCUCGCAUUGACCGCCUGGUGUGCCUGAAGUUUGGGGAUGAGGAGGGGGAGGAGGGGCGCAUGAGCGCGCUGCCCGACAUCACCGGCUGGCAGUUUGGGGGCACCGAGGAGCUGAAUGGCGAGGAUGCCGAUGUGUGGCGGUACGAGGCCAGGCACGAGGCCAAGCAUGUGGUGUACAAGUUCUAUGCUGCUGCCGACGGCACGCCCCACCGCCUGCACAUGCACGGCAACGACAUGAUUUCGGGGUCUCACUUCGAUGAGUGGGUGGUGGACUACUCCCACUAUGAGGCGGGCCGACCCCACCCCGACCUCUUCCGCACGCCUGAUCUGUGCAAGAGGGAGGAAGCGGCGGCGGCGGGCGGGCGCGGGCGCGCCGGCGCGCAGAUGCGCUGGGCCGCCAUGGUGCCCGCCGUGCGCUACCGGGGCGACGCGCAGUACGACGUGUUCCUGGCGGGCCACGGCGCCGCGCGCUCCCACGCCUCGCUGCCCGACUACCAGCGCCGCCGCGAGCUGUUCCACGCCAGCCGGCGCCUGAUCGAGGCGCACAACGCGCGGCGGGACAGGCAGUACACGCUGGAGAUGAACAGGUUUGGCGACUACUCUGAGGAGGAGUUUGUGGCGCUCAUGCUGCCCAAGAAGGCGGCCCGCCAGCAGCGGCUGCUGCGGGAGGGCGGCGCCGGCGGCGGCGCGCGGGCCGAGGCGGUGGGCGCGACGGCCGAGGAGCGCGGGAAGCUGGCCAGGCACCAGCUGCCGUACGAGGCCCGGGCCGACGCCACGCGGCUGCCUGCCAGCCUGACGUGGCGGGGCACGGGCGCAGACAGCGUGGGGGUCAAGGACCAAGCCACCUGUGGAUCCUGCUGGUCGUUUGCGGCCACCGGGGCGAUGGAGGGGGCCUGGUGGCUGUCCACCGGCCAGGCGGUGUCCCUUUCGGAGCAGCAGAUCCUGGACUGCUCCUGGGGCUACCGGCCGGAGAGGCCGGAGGCGAACCUGGCCUGCGACGGCGGCGACCCGGAUGCGGGUGGGGGCUUUGCGCGCGUGCCGCGCUGCGACGACGGCGCCCUCAUGGAGGCGCUCUACUCGCGCGGCCCCCUCGCCAUCUCCUUUGACGCCUCCCGCCCCUCCUUCCGCUUCUUCUCGUCGGGAGUGUAUGUGGACACAGAGUGCGCCUGGAAGCCCGAUGAGCUGGAUCAUUCCAUGGUGCUGGUGGGCUACGGAACCAACGAGGCCGGGGACUACUGGGAGGUGAAGAACUCGUGGAGCACGCACUGGGGCGAGAAGGGCUACUUCAAAGUGUCGCGCACAGUCAACCACGCCUGCGGGGUGCCCGCCGACGCCUACUACGCUGUUGUGGCUGACGACGUCUAG